AUGGCGGUCGCCCGGCCAGUUCGAGCUCUGGCCUUAGCUGCCGUGAUGCUAUGGUGCUUCUUUCUUUACCAGAUAUUUGGUCCUGAAAGGCCGAUAGGCCAGAGGCCAGUGCGCUACGACAAUGGACGGGACCCCAACCUUGAUCCAACCGGGGAGCCUCCAGGUAUUUUGACGUACGCCUCCGACAAAUAUGCCCCCGACGCCAAGGACUCUGCGCGCAUCAACGCAACUUUGCUGGCGCUGGUCAGGAACGAGGAGCUGGAUGGAAUGAUCCAGUCGAUGGUCGACCUCGAGAGCACAUGGAACCAUAAGUUCAACUACCCCUGGACCUUUUUUAACGAGGUUCCUUUCUCCGACGAGUUCAAGAGGAGGACCCAGGCUGCCACCAAGGCCGAAUGCAGAUACGAGCUUAUUCCCAAGGAGCAUUGGGACAUGCCGUCAUGGAUCAACAAGGACCUCUACGAAGAAUCCGUCAAGAUCCUCAAGGAAAACGAUAUCCAAUACGCCGACAAGGUCUCGUACCACUCGAUGUGCCGCUGGAACAGUGGGAUGUUCUACAGACACCCCGCCCUGCAGCACACCAAGUACUACUGGCGCGUUGAGCCCAAUGUUCAUUUCUUCUGUGACGUCGACUACGAUGUCUUCCGAUACAUGCAGGACAACAACAAGACAUACGGCUUCACCAUCAACCUUUACGACGCACCCAAGUCGAUCCCGACGUUGUGGCCCGAGACCGUCAAGUUCCUCGCCCAGCACCCUGAAUACCUUCACGAGAACAACGCCCUGGACUGGCUCACUGACAAGACUCACCGGCCCGAGAAUAACGUGAACGCAAAUGGCUACUCCACCUGUCACUUCUGGAGUAACUUCGAAAUCGCCGAUAUUGACUUCUGGCGCAGCCAAGCGUACGAGGACUACUUUCAACACCUGGACCGCGCCGGGGGUUUCUUCUACGAGAGAUGGGGCGAUGCCCCCGUCCACAGCAUCGCUUUGGGUCUUUUUGAGGACAAGUCCAAGAUUCAUUGGUUCCGAGAUAUCGGAUACCAGCACAUCCCGUUCUUCAACUGCCCCAACUCGAACAAGUGCAAGGGCUGUGUGACUGGCCGCUUUACCGACGGUGAGGCUUGGUUGCACAAAGACGACUGCCGCCCGAAUUGGUUCAAAUAUGUCGGCAUGGACUAG